AUGGACGGCCAGCCGCAGCCGCAGCCGAAGCCGGCGCUUUACACCCAUCUGUCUCAAUUGUCGUCGCUUCCCUUGCGGACCGCCAACAGCACGCCCACGGCUUCUCCUGGCCUCUUCAGUCCCGUCGCCAGGCACCCUCAUAUGCCCACUCAGUCCUUCUCCGAGAGCAACACGCCCGCCCCUUUGUUCGACAGCCCCUACUUGCACCCGCUGCAGACCCACCGAGUCCGAGAGACCCACAAGGCUCUCAUCGAUUCCGACACUGCCACCGGCCGCAAGUCCAUCAAUCAGUAUGACAUUAUCGAGGAGAUUGGCCGUGGCAUGCACGGCAAGGUCAAGCUGGCCCGCAACCUCGAGACCGGUGAAAACGUAGCCAUCAAAAUCAUUCCGCGCUUUUCCAAGAAACGACGGCUCGGCAAGGUCACUGCCAUGUCCCCCCAGGAUAAGACUAAAAAGGAAAUCGCCAUUCUCAAGAAGAUUAGACACCCCAACGUUGUCGCCUUACUCGAAGUCAUUGACGAUCCCGAGCUGAAAAAGAUUUACAUGGUACUGGAACACGUUGAGUUGGGCGAGAUUGUGUGGCGUAAGAAGGGACUACCCCACAUCUGCUCGUACGAACGGAGACGAUCUGAGCGCGAGAUGAAUGGAGAGCCAGCUACCGCCGAUGACAUGCGGUGGGAUCAGUUACUCGAGCGCCGACAGAUCAUCAAGGAACUCAAGAGGGCCAAGAUGGCCCAAAACAACCACGGCCCUGAGUACUGGAGCAAUGAACACGGCGCCGCCGAUGACGCGAGCACCGUAAGCCCUUGGUCCCGUAUCUCCUCCAAGGAAGACUUUGCUGCCACCGACGGUUCCGUAUCCAUGCCCAUCUCCCGCCGCUCCUCUCUGGCCCCCUCACAAAGCUACUCCUUUUCUUCUUCGCCUGGGACGAGGGAAGAAGACGAAUGGCAUGAAGAUGACCAUACCACCCCGGGCCCUACCUCAUCGCAACCUCCCCUCUCCACAAGCGCAUUAGACGGAACCAUGUUUGGAGCCUAUACCAACAACGAUGACAGAAUGAGCUACCGCGAGCGAUCUCCCAGCAUGGCCGACUCCAUCAUUUCCCACAUGUCCUCCAUCGACUACAACGUCCGUGCUCACGACCCCUUUGCUGACGACUUCUCCUAUGUUCCUUGCUUCACCUUUGAUCAAGCCCGGUCUGCCUUUCGCGAUACUGUGCUAGGUCUUGAAUACUUGCAUUACCAGGGCGUUGUUCACCGUGAUAUCAAGCCUGCCAAUCUGUUGUGGAGCAAGGACCACCGUGUCAAGAUUUCCGACUUUGGUGCAAAGGACUUUGAUGAUGACCUGGAACUUUCAAAAACUGUUGGCACCCCGGCCUUUUUCGCUCCGGAGCUUUGCUACACCGACCCUGAUCAGGCCCAGCCCAAGGUGUCUGAGCAGAUUGAUGUGUGGUCUCUCGGCGUGACGCUUUACUGCCUCAUCUAUGCGCGUAUCCCUUUCCUGGCAGAGGAUGAGUUUCAGAUGUUCCGCAAGAUUGCCACUGAGGACGUGUAUAUCCCUCGCAAGAGGUUAAAGCCCGUGGACCCCUCAACCUCACCCACUGUAACCUCUCUCUACAAACGCCAAAACACUCAUCCAUACCGCGACGACAAUGACCUCGAAUACGAAGACGUGGAUAAUCUCCUGUAUGACUUGCUGCGCCAGAUGCUUAUCAAGAAUCCAGAAAAGCGAAUUCGCCUCAAGGAUAUCAAGAAACACCCCUGGGUGCUCCAAGGUCUUCCCAACCCGAGAUCAUGGGCGGAGGAAACUGACCCGGCCAAGCCAUCGAGUGGCCGCAAGAUUCAGGUCGACGAGAGGGAUCUGUCCUCUGCCGUCGUGCCACUCACCUUUCUCGAACGGGCCCGAUCUGUUGUCAAAAAGGCCGUGGGAAGAGUCAUGCAUCCCUUGGUCGACCGCAGUGAAAGUCGAUCACGUCGACGGGCUACCAGUAGUGUUGCCAGCUCCGGAGUCCCAGCUACGAAUCCCCCCACUCCUUACCUCGAUAGGCGCCGCAGCCUUCAUCCAGAAGACUACUUUCCCAGCCUGCCAGCCAGGGACGCCUUGUCAAGCAUAGAGCUACGCUCUUCAGAGUCUGGGGCCCCUAGCAGUCGCGUGGAAUCUGUCGUCUAUGAUCCAAUGGCUACAGUUUUGCCGCCUCUGACCACGCAGCCGGCCACUGUGACUCGGGGACGCUCUCACAGCGAGCUGGAUGAGGCAGCAACGUCCGAAUUUCGCCCUUCUGCCAAUGGCGUUCCCAUCCGUAACGGGGGAACCAUACGGGCUAGAAAUGUUGCGCAAUUCUUACCCUUGACGCCUCAUACGGUACCGCCUACCCCAUCUUUUGAUAGAAAUCCUCCCUUCCGUCCAGAGUUACCAAGUGCGAGGUCAGAGCUCAGCGCUAUGAGAGGCGAUUCAGUCCGCUCCCCUUCCGCGGACCGUGGUCUCUUCGCGAGCAGCGACAAACGAGCCACUCCCCAAGUUGGUCUGAAUACUGCCGUGGCACCGGGGAACAUUCAGGGCUUGCGAAGCACACGCUCAAUGCGCUCUGUUGAUCUGGGCAGAAACAGAUACGGUUACACGCAGCUGUCGUCCUCCCCCUUGUCUUCGUCUCCUCAGCCCAUACCCCCUGCCUCAUAUCAUCAUCACAGGCAUCUUCAGUCCGAUCCAAACUUUCACAGUCGGUCUCCCCUCACCCGGACUCCUGUCACCAUGAGCCCUGAACCAGCCUUUUAUGGCUCGUACGCGAGUGAAGAUGGCUCGGCUGAAAUGGGUAGCCAAUGGUCUCGUAUUGCUCAUCAAGAUUGGCAAUCCGAGGCCCCGUCGCGAAGGGGAACUGUGGAAAUCGCAAAGACUGCGAGUACCGACUCCAUGGAUCAUCUCGGAACGCCCCUGACGAGCCCAAGCGAAACGGCUAGCCCUGUCGCCGCAUGCCCGCCUGCCAACAGCGCGUCUCAGCGAAUGCUAGUCUUUCAGUCCGAUCCCUCGCUGCCGGCUCUCCUUAGCGGUGCCAGCUCUGUUUCGGCUGACUUGGAGGGUGAGCUACUGCUCAGACCGGGAACCGUAGAUCCCCAGACCACUUUCUUACAGACCAAAGACUCGAUGACUCCCCCAGCCCUUGCAAAGGAGCCGGUCGGUGGCUUUCCCAUCGACCAAGUCUUUGCUCACCACUCGUCCAUGGAAGGUGUGCCACUUCAAGUCAAGAUUGACCGCCCACCAACCUCGGACUCUGCAACAAGUCAUCAGCAUCGCAAGCACGACGAGGAAGACAAUGACGAUGACAGUGAUGAGGGCCUUUUGUUGAUGGCCAAAGCUAAGAAGCGACCGCCAGUUACAACUAGGCACCGGCCCUUUGAGGCCAGGCGGCGCGACACAAACAUGAGCACUGCAAGUGACGAAACUGCUAGGAGAGUCAACAUUUCUCCUGAGGCAUGA